AUGUUUCCGGUGCUAUCAGAAAAGAAGGUCCAUCUAUCGCUUUCGGGGACUGGCGAUGAUGAGCUUGGUAGUUCAUCAUUCCAACCUAAAUUUUCUUCAUCUCCCAUCCGUACAUUCUCUUUGCCGACAGGCAAUGCCGGACGACUCAAAGACCGACUAAAGGAAAAAUCAAGUAAAGGAUACAAGAGUAUUGUUCAUCGAUUACAUCAGCAUCUAGAAACGGAGAAGAUGAAUCAACAGGAAGCAAAAACAGAAAUGUACCAAAGACAAGCAUCCAAAAUGAAGAAGUGGAAUCGUCUGAUCAGCUCCAUUGACUCUUGGACUCUGCACUCGAUAGAAUACCACAUGAAAGAGAAGGACAAGUUGAGGAAUUCUCUUCCGUGCUUUACUCAAUCUUCAGUUCACUAUGAUGAAAAGAAAAAGGAAGAGCUCAUUAAACUGGCAACGUUAGAAGCAAAAGAGAGAUGUACAAUAAGAAAGCGAGUUCAGGAAAAACGUGCUUCGUUGGAUGCCUUUGAGCGGCUUCUACAAUAUCAAUACAAAAGAAGAAAGGCGUUUGAAAAUGGGCAAUUAACGUUGUUUAAGGACGAGUACUAUGAAGAAGAAAUGAAGAAUUUCAUGAAAGAAGAGAUUGUUUCUUCUGUGAUCGAGAAGGCUGUGAAUACCAGCCACACAUCUAUGAUCAAUGAUAUAUCACAUAGCAAUUCGGAACCUAUUGAGCUCGAUCUUGGCUCACCCCGAACAGUGCUAACCUCUGUCAACAUUGUAAAGAGAAUGCCAGAUGAGAAAGUAUUCUUCUUGACGAAAGAUGAAAUUAACAAGCUUGAAGCAAUUAAAGAGCAAAAGAGAUUGGAAAAUGAAAGACUGUUAGAGUUGGAGCGACAAAGGAAGGAAGAAGAGAAGCAACAACUACAGCUUUUGAUGGAACCACCAACACACAAUGAUAGUGUUGUUGAAGAAAGUAAAAAUGAUCUAGAUAAUAUCGUUUCAGAAGAAAGCAAUCAUAGAGCUUCACAAACAGCCUCCGACGCUACACAAGCAAUUCAUCAAAUUGUUAACGGCAUUAUUCAAAAUAUAAUUACACGUUGUGAAAUUCAAAAGGUGGUUUCUCACAUUGUUGCUGGUGUGAUAAAAUCCCAUUCACAAGAGAAUAAGAACAUUAUUUCGAUCCAGAAAGAGAGAGAACCAUCAAUAAUUAUUAACAAUAUAGUUAAGGAAAUAAUUACAAGAGUGGUGGACAAAAACCAAUUCCGUGAUAAAGUGGGUUUCACCAUUUAA